CUCCAGGCACCUCUGCCUGGGGUGGGGGACGAAGCGGCUCUUGGUUCCUGGGCUCGCCACGGAUGUGCCCCCGCUCACCGCCGGCACGACUGCUCCUCUAGUGCUGGCGCAGAGGGAGGGAGGGCUGGUCGUGUCACCAUGGUGCUGCCGCCACCUGACAAGCGCCAUGUCUGUCUGACCACCAUCGUCAUCAUGACCAGCAUGGCCUUCAUGGAUGCCUACCUGGUGGAGCAGAACCAGGGUCCCCGCAAGAUCGGCGUCUGCAUCAUUGUGCUGGUGGGGGACAUUUGCUUCCUCAUCGUGCUGCGCUACGUGGCUGUGUGGGUGGGGGCUGAGGUGAAGACGGCCAAGCGGGGCUACGCCAUGAUCUUGUGGUUCCUCUACAUCUUCGUGCUGGAGAUCAAGCUGUAUUUCAUCUUUCAGAAUUACAAAGCAGACAAGAAGAACCUGGAGACGGUGGCCAGGAAAGCCCUGACCCUACUGCUCUCCAUCUGUGUGCCAGGCCUCUACCUGGUGCUGGUGGCCUUGGACAGCAUGGAGUACAUACGGACCUUUCGGAAGAAAGAGGACUUGCGGGGGCGCCUCUUCUGGGUGGCCCUUGACCUGCUGGAUAUCUUGGACAUCCAGGCCAACCUGUGGGAGCCACACAGGACUGGCCUGCCCAUUUGGGCAGAGGGGCUCAUGUUCUUCUAUUGCUACAUACUCCUCCUGAUCCUGCCUUGCGUGUCCCUCAGUGAGAUCAGCAUGCAAGGGGAGCACAUCGCCCCACAAAAAAUGAUGCUCUACCCUGUCCUCAGCCUGGUCACCAUUAACAUUGUCACCAUCUUCAUCCGGGCCGUCAACAUGGUCUUGUUCCAGGACAGCAGGGUCUCCACCAUUUUUAUUGGCAAGAACAUCAUCGCGAUCGCCACCAAGGCGUGUACCUUCCUCGAGUACAAGCGGCAGGUGAAGGAGUUCCCCCAGAAUGCCAUUGCCCUGGAGCUCCAGCAGAACUCCCUCUCGCACAACCAGACCAUCCACAGUGCACAGGGCAUCCCCCAUGAGCCAUCGCCCACCAGUGAGAUUCUCGACACAUGAGGGGUCCCCCCGGCCGAGCUUUGGUUCAGAUAACCCCGUGCUGAGCAGAGGAGGGAUGCUGCUUCUUGCUGCCCGGUGUGAGCGCGACAGACAAAUCCCGGCAGUCAGGGCUCUUCUAGGCACAAAACACCAACCAUAUUUUAAUUGAGCUAUGGAGUGUCCUCUAGACGUCUUCAUCUCAGGUAUAACCCUAGGAGUCCUCCAGACAAACCAAAUGUACUUGCAAAGGACCUGAACCAGCUAACCCUCUCUCUCCCUUCUGCCACCAUCUUCCCUCCCAAGCAAAGACCACUAAGGUUGCAAUGUCCCUUUUUACUCCCUGAGCACCUCACCUUUACUCCAAGCCUGGAUCAAAGAUUUUGUUACCGGAGACCUUUUUAUGGAGUGAGGCCAGGGGCAUAGGGGUGUGG